AUGUUUUUUAAUCUUGUUUCAUUUGCUAUAACCACGUUCAUUGCCUAUUCGGCUUUGAAAAAGUUCCAGCAAAAGAAACAACAACAGCAACCAAAUUUAAAAGACUUUAAAAAGUUAUCAACUUUAGGCACUGGAGCGUACGGUCGUGUUCGCUUAUGUUCAUAUAAUAACAAUUAUUACGCGAUGAAAGUGCUUAAAAAAUCAAAAAUUGUCAAAUAUGGUCAAGUUGAGCAUACAAUUACUGAAAAAAAUUUAUUAAGGGAUUUUCAAAAUCCCUUCAUUGUGAAAUUAUUUUGGUCUUUUAAGGACAAAUAUCAACUGUACAUGAUCCAGGAGUUCGUUAUGGGGGGUGAAAUAUAUACACAUUUAACGAAUUCGCGAAGAUUCAAAGUUCCCGUCGCUAGAUUUUAUGCAGCGGAAGUCUUAUUGGCACUUGAAUUCUUGCACGAAAAUGGGUUCAUCUAUAGAGAUCUUAAGCCCGAAAAUGUAUUAUUAGAUAUAAAUGGGCAUGUAAAACUUAUAGAUUUCGGGUUUUCUAAAAGAAUCUAUAAUGAAAGGACUGUCACUUUUUGUGGUACACCUGAAUACUUAGCACCCGAAAUCAUAUUAAAAAAAGAAUAUGGGUAUGCAGCUGAAUGGUGGGCCUACGGAAUUUUCAUUUAUGAAAUUUUAAUUGGGAAUCCUCCGUUUCGUGGUGAUUCGUCACUCGAAACGUAUAAUUUGAUUUUAGAAGGAAGUUUGAAACUUCCUUCAAAUUUCAGUCGUGGCACGAAAACAAUUAUAAAAAAAUUGUUAAAGGUAAAUGAAACUGAAAGGUUGAAUAAUGCCCGAGACAUUAAAAAUGAAAAAUUUUUUAAUGAAAUUGAUUGGAAUAAACUAUAUAACAAAGAAAUUGAAGCUCCCAUUCGGCCUUUUGUUAAAGAUCCGGGAGAUACUAAUGCAAAUUCUAAUGAGUUUGGACAAGUAUUAGGAAAAGCCCUUAACUUUACAUUUGAAGAACAUAUCUCUUUCACAAAACAAAUGGCACGGAAAUUCUUUGAUCUAAAAACUAAAGGGCAGACCACUGUUUUCAUUUAUAAUAAUAUUAAUCAAUUGAUUGACAAUUAUCCAAAAAUCAUUGAUGCCCUUCAGGACAAUUCCAAAGAUAAUGCCGAUAAUAUAAUAUACAUUGUUAUAUUUGUCAGUAGCGAAGCUCGUCUCAGUUCUUGGUCAUGUGUAGACGAACCAGUAAUAAAAAUUGGUGACCUUAGUAGAGAAGAAUCAAUGGAAUAUUUGGUCAAAAAACGUAAGAUCAAAAAAGAA